ACUUUUUUAAAUUAAAUUGCACUUCCAGAGAAGAUAUUACUUAGUUUGCCCCGAAAGCAGUUACAAGAAUCGAUCAAAAAAUUUGCGUUUAUGGUAUGGACAAUCCCAGGAUAUGAAGACGUAGUUUGGUUUGAAGUGGAUCUGAAAGAAAGCAAUUAUCACUGGUAGGAGUUAUUCAAUUGAGAAGUUAUAUCUUAACCCACAAACAUAUGUCAAUGUAUAGCACAGUUAAAACUAAUCUUACUCUGCAUAUAUAACCCAACAUAAAAUGGACAUAAUGUGCAAACAUUUAGGGAUAGCACAUGAAAAGGUGUCACCUAGAAGCUCCAAACGAAAGCGAUCCCUAAUAGUCUAAGCAACAGAACAACUCAAGCGGUCAACACUAAAAUAGUUAAAAUAAUAUCCAAGAAAACUCAAGAAUCGAUGUGAAAUCGUUAAUCAAAAUUUAAUUGCCUUAAAUUGGAAGUUUUUAAAGUGUGUUAAGAGCUAGAUAACUCUAACAAAAAAGUCCAAGCGUUUAAUGCAUACUGAAUAGUGUGGAAUUUUAAAUGUAAUUUACCAGAUGCAAGUCGCUGAAUUUGUAUCAAAAUAAAAAGAAGAAUAUUUUAUAAACAAAGACUCGCCUUUUUUGACUGGGCGAAAACCAAAGCGAUGCUAAUUGGCGAAACCCGUUCAAAGACAAUGCACAUAAAUGCUUAAUUUAUUAAGGAAGCUCGAUGCGGAGAACUGGUUUUGUUCCCAGGAACGGUUGCGUAAGAUCUUUUGAGUUGGAACUCCUUAUAUAAGCCGGGUUAUGGAGCAGUCAAGGACAGAGAAGACAUUGGAGUUAAAGUUGCAAGAUGUUUAAGCCGUGUUAUUCCUUGGCCGCAGUGCUGCUGUGUUUCGUCUUCACCACAGGGCAGGUUGUGCCAAAUUCAGAAAUCGGUAGGAUUACCAUCCAAGUGCCGUUGCUGUCCAAUGGAAAGCCCGUGAUCGUGGCCAAUCAGGAUAGGGAAGAAGUGGCCACCGUGGAGGAGAUCAAGCCGGGAAAGGUUCAUGUCGUCCAGGAGGUGGUGGUGCCACCUACAGUGAAGUCGGAUAACAAAGUCCGUAUGACCAGAUCUGUCUCAAAUUCCGGACAAUAUAAUCAUGGAAUUACGAAUCGAGGAAUACCUAAUGACGGUAUCCCUAAUCCUGGUAUUCCCAACCAUGGUAUUCCGAAUCCUGGCAUCCCCAAUCACGGAAUCCCAAAUCGAGGAAUACCUAAUGAUGGUAUCCCCAAUCCUGGUAUUCCCAACCAUGGUAUUCCGAAUCCUGGCAUCCCCAAUCACGGAAUCCCAAAUCCAGGAAUACCUAAUGAUGGUAUUCCCAAUCCUGGUAUUCCCAACCAUGGUAUUCCGAAUCCUGGCAUCCCCAAUCACGGAAUCCCAAAUCGAGGAAUUCCCAAUGAUGGUAUUCCCAAUCCUGGUAUUCCCAACCAUGGUAUUCCGAAUCCUGGCAUCCCCAAUCACGGAACUCCCAAUCCUGGCAUCCCCAAUCCCGAUGCCUCCGAACUUAUGCCGGUCGUUGUAAUGCCCCCAAGUCAAACCACCGACUCACCCGCAUCACCAUCGGCUCCCAAGCGAGUGCCAACUAGGAACUGCUUCCACCUUUUGAUGGGAGGCAUGACAACCCAGUCCCCAGGGAAUAUGAUGACAAUGACGCCGCCAACGAUGGAGAACUGCGAUGAGCUGUGCACCAAGCUCGAAUACUUGCCUAUUUGUGCCCACAACGGGAUCUGCGUCCAUGAGUUUGCCAAUCAGUGCGUGAUGGACACCUUCAAUUGCAAACACCGGGAUUUGAGCUUCCGAGCCGUGGACGAGGAUGUAUGCAGACUGGGAGUUUGUAUGAGGCGAUGCAAGGAGGACGAAUUAAAGCUGUAAAAUACCCUAUUAUACGAGUUAAAUA